UGCGGCGAAACGCAUUCAAAUGAUGCGGGCUAACAAGAAACCCCAAAUUAUGGUGGCACUUACUAAUGCCAUCAUAAUAUUGGAUUUUUUGUUAGUUAUUUGCGUCAGACUUGUGGCGGGAUUAUCACAACAGUAUAGCUUAAAUAUAUACUAAACGAUAAUACGGAGCACCGUAUUGUGAUUUUGGAUAUUUUAUUAUUGCCUCUUCGAAUCUGCGACUGCGAAAACUGGCAUCCAGUUUCAUGCACAUAUGGAUUACUCUAUCCGCCGAUUUCUCCCCAACACCCGAAUCGAUGUAUUUGAAACUUUGCAACCUACAGAGCUUCGGAACCCUGCGGGUCGAACAGCAAAAUGAUCUGGAUGUACAUCCUGGUCACUUGGCUCUUGAUCCCUCACGGUUUUCAUCCACCGCAGUCGUAAAGAUGCCGUCCCUCCUCCGUUCCUAGCAUCCCGAUUCCCGCAUGCACUAAGGACUCGGGACAACCCCGGACAGCAAAGUCCUCCGUUCUGGCGUUUGAUGGCACCCCUCUCGGCCUGUCCGACGUCAGGGAAUCCUGGGCGACCAUACCCAAGAAGGGAGAAGCAAGUACUUGCCAGACGCCUUGCAGUGUCAGCAGGGAAAGUCGUUACGCCGAGCCUCCAGCUGCAACGCGUCCCUACAGGCGGAAAAGGAAAGGAGAAGAAAGACCUUUGCCUGACUGUGAGCUUACCAUUUAGACAGAAGUCAUUCUUCGCUUUUUCUGUCCUCCUCUCGGCCCUCUGGGCUCUGAAGCAGCUACCGGUCAUCAAGCUCACGACGACAGCCAAAUCUGGACCAGUAACAGGGAACCAUCCGGAAAUCCCAAAGUUUCCAAGUUGUACCUGUUCCGAUUAACCUGUGGGAUGGACUUAUCUGACGGUGAUUAGGAGAAUUGACAAAACCAGUCUCUGAUUGAUGGGAUUUCGCACAUUUUGUGAAUAUGGACAACAGAACGGCGCACUUUUUCGAUUAUCAAGCCAAGUUCGAGGAUCUGGAUGUGGCCUUUCGUGCCAAGGACAGGAGUCCGUCGGCGGCACAGAAGGCCGCGAAACGACAGGAUGAUCCAGUGGGCAGCUUCCUCGAUAAUAUUGCCGUCAGCGUCAAUCCCCUGCAGAAAAUCGUCAGUCGCGCCAUGUAUCCGGGAUCAUGGAAGCGUAUGCAGCGAAUACUGACGGAACAUCUCAAUAAUGGCCGUUUCAAGCUAGCCACGGAAUUCGACGCCAAACGCGCCAAAAUCGCUACCGCCGAUGGGAACCUGCUGGACACGAUGUGUGCCGACCGGCGCUCGGAGAGUGAGCAGGGCGAGAUCCUGGUCGUGUGCUGCGAAGGAAACUGCGGCUUCUACGAAGUGGGGAAUAUGUUCACGGCCAUUGCCGCCGGCUUCUCUGCCGUCGGCUACAAUCUGCCGGGAUUCUGCCGGUCCACCGGACAUCCGGAGCCCAGCCAGAUCCGCUACGCGGUCGAUGCGGUGAUGCAGUAUGCCAUUUCCUGCUUGAAAUUUCCCGAGAAGAAUAUACUGAUUCUCGGCUAUUCCAUAGGUGGUUAUCCAGCCGCCUGGGCAGCCAGCCAGUAUCCCUCCAUUCGCGGCCUGAUCCUGGACGCUUCCUUUGACCAAGCGCUGCCGUUAGUGCUGCUGCAUACAGAGAAUAAAAUGGAAGAUAUCCUACGAAAAAUCCUGAAGGAAGACCUGAAUAUCAAUCUCGUUGAACUGCUGUCAAAUUAUCACGGCCCGGUGACAAUUAUCCGCCGCAGUCAGGAUCAGAUUGUCGGGGUCAACCGGCAAGAAGGCUACGUUAACCACACCAAUCUGCUUCUCAAGAAUUUCCUCCAUAGUCGGUAUCCAGAAAUCGUCAAUGAGCAGACCUUUCAGGUGCUGGAUGAGUGGUUGAACCUCUACGACUGGACGCAAGAGGUGAUGUUAAAUCAGUACGCCGUAAAAUGUCCACGCUGUCCGUCGAUGCUGGUGGAAUACAUGCGGGAUCGGCGGCGCACCCCGCGACCUUUUCCAGUGAGUACAGGACGCUCUUGGGAUCAGAAUACACGCGAGCACCUGACGCUGCACUUAGCCGAGCGUCAUAUGCGAACCUGUGCUGGAACGCACAUCACGGAGCUACCGGCGUACUUUAUCGCUGUGCCGUGGAAUGCCUUUCUGGAAUGAUGCACCUAGUACAGAGUACUUGCCAGUGCUGAUGCAUUAUUUACGCAACUGUAGACAGGAACUCUUUUCCUUGGCUCUUUUGCUACAACACAUUGUGUUCCUUCAACAGUUCUUUGAUUAUUUUUAUUCGCCAUGCGCUUUUAAUUUGUUCCUUAAAUACACUCCAAUAAGCUAAGCUAAUGACUACGAGUACUUAACGCGUUCAUUACCACGAAAAUUAAAAAUAGCCACUGUACAAUUUGCUCAGUUGCAGCUUCGCACACCUUCGUUUCUUUAACUGUCGGACGAGUGCGCUUCAAAAAAUAAUAAAUCUCGGGCCGGUUGGAAUGUGCAUAAAUAAUUUAAAAUAUCCGCUUACGUUUUGCUCGUUGUUACCGGUUAACAGAAUUGGUACUGGCAAGUGUGGAUAAAAGAAAACUGCAGAAAUUUAUUGUGUGUUCGCCGAUUCAAGCAUCGGUAGUUGGAACGAUGCAAAUAGCCCGAGCCAGGCGAAGGAUGUGCGGUAUUUAUGACAGUGAAUCAACUUGGCGCUGGGUUU